AUGGCGACAGCUGCUUCGCCAACUCCCAUGGGAGGAGCCGGUCCUACCCGCCGGAUGUCGCAGCGACAGCAAGCCUUGCGCCAACCUCCCUCACGAUCGGCCUUUACCAGGAGCGAGAGCCAGCAGGCGUCUUCGUUCCAAGCCCGAAACAACCCGAAGCAAUUCAACGACGACAGCUCCGAAGAUGAGAUUCCCGUGCCUAUGAAGCUCAGCGCCCUCACCAAGGCGCUCCUCAACGACGGCGAGCCCGAGUCCUCUCAGCCUGCAGAACGACCGCCCUCACCACCACGAACACGAAGACGGAUAAGCCAAUUGAACGCCUCGACGUCAUCCGUGUCUGAGAGGGGGAGGCAUUUGAGAUCUACCGGCGAGAAACCCGAGGACAAGAAUUCAAGAGCCUCGAGUCCCGCCAGGGAUCGUGGUGCAAGCCCUAGCCUGAGCCAGAUCCAGCCUUCCAAGAGGCGCUCAAGCUCCUUCUCUCGAUCAACGCAACGCCAUCAACAGACCAGCAGACCGUCUAGUAGGGAAAAGUCGGCCGAUGAGAAGCCAGAGCCACAGGCUGACAUCAACACACCCGCUCAUGGCAACCGUAUCGUGAGGAUAUCUACAAACUCUUCUGGCAAUCGCAGUAGAAUGGGAUCAACAGGCCUGUCCUCGGGGCGCUCAUUUGAUCGAUCUGUUGUGGACAAGUCUGCCGGUGAAAUGGACUAUGAGCAAGAAGAGAUUCCUCAAACUGUUGCGCGAGACACAGCACUGGCCACUAGCUACGGCAGUAGCUCAAUGCGCGUCAAGCGCGUUGGAAAGAUCCCUGGAACAUUUCUUAGUGGACCAGCGCGGCGUGGUAGGCGGAGGCAAAGCGAUGAAGAUGCUGGGGAAGAAGGGGAAAUGGAUCAGUACAAUCCCCAACAGGAACAAGAUAACAACGUCGUGGAGGACAUGCCAGAUGUUGCCUACUACCCUGAUGGAAUUCGAGACUUUAAUUCUGGAAGUCCUGUUAGUGCGAGUGCUUCGGCUAGGGCCCUCCAUAGGAGACACCUCUCUAGCAUGGACUCCCGGUCUGGCUCUGGCUCUGGCUCUGGACGUCCCUCGCCGCGGGGGAUUGAGCUCGAAUCGGAGCCCCAGCGAUAUCCGCCACUGCAGAGGGAGAACGAGGAGGCAGAAGAGGAGGAAGAAAUACCGUAUAGGAAAUCAGUGCUGCGCGCCGAACUGCCUUCAGCUCAUGAUCAGGAAAACGACGCUCACCGGAGCUAUAAGCGUUCAAAGUCUUCCUUUGACGAUGGGAUGGCUCCGCCACGACCCAUGAGCGUCGACCCUAUUCCAGCCCGGCCUACUUCACCAGAGCGAAAGCCCCUGGCGCCCGUUGCCAACAACACACCUCAGCGGCCUGCUCCCCCACCUCCUCCUAAGAUGUCCGUCAUGGAGGCAGCUACAUCAACGACUGGCGCUGCAGCCGCAGCCACCUCAACGAAGCAGCGGAGGAACGUGUUGAGGGUCAAUGGAAAGACUUAUACCAGGCUUGAUUGCCUUGGCCGCGGUGGCAGUGCCAAGGUAUAUCGUGUAACCGCUGAGAAUGGACAAAUGUUUGCCUUGAAGCGCGUGGCUUUGGAAAAUGCAGACGAACUUACCAUCAGAGGGUACAAGGGCGAGAUAGACCUCCUUGGAAAGCUCGAAGGGGUGGAUCGGGUUAUUAACCUGUAUGCCUACGAGAUGAAUACAGAGAAGCAGGUGCUCAGUUUGGUGAUGGAAAUGGGCGAGAGAGAUUUGAAUGCCCUCCUUGCUAGUCGCCAGAGCCCCGAGACUUCCAGGUUCGACCCCGUAUUUGUUCGCUUCUACUGGAAAGAGAUGCUUGAGUGCUUGGCCGCCGUUCACCAACAUGACAUUGUUCACUCGGACCUGAAGCCCGCCAACUUUGUUCUCGUCAAGGGCAGACUCAAACUCAUUGAUUUCGGCAUUGCUAAUGCCAUCCAAACUGACGAAACCGUAAAUGUCCACCGCGAAACCCAAGUCGGCACACCCAACUACAUGUCCCCCGAGUCCCUCCUAGACUCCAACAACCCGCGGGGCGGUCGUCUCCCUGGCCGCCCUAAGCUGAUGAAGCUCGGAAAGUCCAGCGACGUCUGGUCACUGGGCUGUAUCCUCUACCAAAUGGUCUACGGCAUGCCGCCAUUUGGCCACAUUGCCAACCAGAUGGCGAGAUGUCAAGCCAUCAUAAACUGGGAUCAUCACAUUGAGUUCCCUUCUCGUGGCAUGGGCGGUGCUCCCGUUCCACCUUCACUUAUUAGGACCCUGAGGCGAUGCCUCAACCGAGACCACCACAUGCGACCGACGUGCGAGGAACUGCUUUAUGAUAGCGAUCCGUUCCUUUACCCAGCAGAAAUCAACAGCGACAAGGCUCUUCCCAUCGACGAGGAACUCCUGGGUAGAAUCAUCCAGAGCGUUGUCUCAAGGUGCCGAGAGCGCAUGCCGACAGAAUCGGAGGGUGCAACCGUCUGGCCGCAGGCAUACUGGAACAGCAUACGAAAAUCAAUGGCAAACAGACAACAAUAA